AUGGCCACCAACUCUCUCUCCCUUCCCGCCAUUUCCAAUUUCUCUCUCCCGCGAAGGAGAUCCGCUAGGGUCACGCGUUCGUCCCUCAUCAACCAAUCGCAGUCUCCGUCUGUCGACGCCAAGCGCCACCUCCUCCGCCUGAUCGCCGACCAGGACCGCGGCCUCAAAACACAGUCGGACCCGCAGAGGCUUUCCCAGAUAAUUGAGGCCGUCGAUUCACUGGCUGCCACCAGCCGCGGGAGCGUCACCACCGGAGAAUCGCUUUCAGACACGUGGCGGAUGCUGUGGACCACCGAGAAGGAGCAGCUCUUCAUCGUGAAGAACGCGCCGGUUUGCGGUACCUCCGCCGGCGAUGUUUUGCAGGUUAUCGACGUCGAGCACAAGACUCUCAACAACGUUAUCACUUUCCCUCCGGACGGAGUGUUCUUUGUUCGGUCGGAGAUUCAGGUCGCUUCAGCUCAAAGAGUCAAUUUCCGGCAAGCGCUUUCUCUUAACCAUUUUUUUUGGGGAGAUAUCUAUUUGUUUGUUUGUGUGAGCUGUCAUUACUUCGAGAUGACAUUUACAAGUGCUGUUCUCCGCGGUAAGGGAUGGGAGUUUCCUCUGCCACCAUUCGGUCAGGGUUGGUUUGAGUCAGUAUAUAUUGAUGGUGAAAUUCGGGUGGUGAAAGAUAUUAGGCAGGACUAUUUAAUUGUCGAGCGUGCUCCUUAUUCCUGGAAAGAAUGAAUUCAGCGGUCCACCACAUUUCCUAUCCAGAUCAAGAAUGGUGCAGUUGUAUAUGAUUUGCAAGAGUUGCCAAUUGUGGAGCACAAGGACAGUCACCUUUUGAGGUUUGCAAGGAAGCUCAACUGUCUCAAUCUUGGGUAAAUUGCUUUAUGAAACCCUUUUUCCUUGCAUUUGUUAUUUGUCCUUAUCUUGUU